AGAGAGAGAGAGAGAGAGGGGAAGAAAAACCAGACACAAAGAAGAAGAAGAAAGUGAUCGGAGAGAAACACCAUCUCGACCCCCGAGAGACCCAACAAUUUUGAAACCUCCCUUCCCAAUCUGAGAAACCCUCAAAGGAGGUGGUAGAAGAGAACCGGUAGAGCGGCCAAAUCCCAUCAUCAUCAGCUUCAUCAUCUUAUCUCUUGAGAUAGCGGCCCUCUCACCUUCCUUCACCUACCUACCAUCUCCUUCCUCUUUCUUUACUCUUUAAUUUCCGAUGCGGCGAGCAAGAGCCACCGCUGGACCCGCCAACCAAUCCCCACCAUCAUGCAAGAAGCCUCGGGCGGCCGCCGCCCCGAGAGCCACGCCGUCGUCGCAGCAACAACAACAACCGCAGAUCAGAUUCCGAGGCGUGCGGAAGCGGCCGUGGGGCCGAUUCGCCGCCGAGAUCAGAGACCCGUGGAAGAAGACGCGUGUUUGGCUCGGGACGUUUGAUUCCGCCGAGGACGCCGCCAGAGCAUAUGAUGCCGCCGCCCGAUCUUUACGGGGGCCGAAGGCCAAGACUAACUUCUCCCUGCCGUGCGAUCCUUUCUACGGCGGCGAGUUCAACGACGACGCGAUUUGCUCCAAGAUCGAUGUGAUUCAGGCCAGCCGGCCGACCUCCAGCAGCCUCAGCAGCACCGUCGAGUCCUUCAGCGGGCCGAGGGUCAACUCCGGCAAGCCUCCGCCGAUGAAGCCGACGCAGCGGAGACCGGUGUAUCCUGUUUCGCCUGAGGACUGCCACAGCGAUUGCGACUCCUCUUCCUCCGUCGUCGACGAUGGUGAUGAUUGCGUUCUCACGUCGUCGUUCCGGAGAGUCCUGCCCUUCGAUCUCAACAUGCCGCCGCCGAUGGAUGGUUUUGAUUUUUCCAGCGACAACGUGGAUGAUGACGAUCUUCGAGCCACCGCCCUCUGCCUCUGAUUUUACAUGGAUCUGAAUAUUGGUCCUGUUUAAUUUCCCUUUUCUAUCUUAUUUUCUCGGGAAAAAUACUAAAAAAAAAAGAAGAAAAAGAAAUCUGGUACUGUGGGUGAGAAGAAUUCGAGUUUUCUUUAUCUUGUUUUUUUUUUUUUUUUCCUCUUUGAAAUCUGCUUUGUUAGAGUAUUGUUGUUGUUGUAGAAUAUAGCAUCUGGGUGUUCUUCAACGUUGAUGGGUUCUGGAAUAUCAUCAGCAUCAUCAUCUGUACUAUUAAAGCUAAUAUAGAUCUGGUUACAAAUCAGUAGAUCUUUCUGGGUUUGCUUGCCCUCUUGAUCAGAUUCACUUUCAUCAUCACCCAUCUUAUAUUUUUCCCUUUUUUGUACAAAAAAUCUAAAUCUAAAAAAUCUCUUAUGGUAUAAAGCCUCUUCAUUGUCUAUGUUCCUUUGAUCUUGAUCCUUCUUGUUAGCAUUUGCAUAACAUGUAACUAUGUGAAAUGAGGUUAGAUCAUUGUGGGCAUUUGUGGUUGAAGGGGGAUGCAUAUUGAUGGAAAUUAUUAUUGAAAAUUAUGUUUGUAGGAUAAGAACAAAAUGACUUUAGGUGGUGAUUUGUGAAGGUAGUAAAGAAAUGUCAUGAUUCAUAAAGAAGUGCAAUAAUGAAUUGGGCAAGAAGAAGAGGGGGUUAGAGAAGGGUGUGAAAGAAGUAGAGUAGAGUAGAGAGGAAAAGAGGUUGGAGGGGGCACUUUGUUUGGUGAGGAUGCAUCUUCUUCUUGAUAGGGUUUUUGAUAAGAACCAUUAAUGGCACAUGUGAUGCAGAUUCUUUUGCACUACUGGUUGGUUGACAGGUUGAGUGUCAAAAUAUACAUCAAUAUUUCCCCAAACCCCAAGAAGACCUUGCAGACUGCACCCUCCCCCCUAACUUUUGCAGAAUAAUGCAGAAGAAGGUGUUUAGGGUUCCCUCACCUCACAUGGGUUUUCUUUUUCUUUUCACUCUCCUCCAGAAAGAGAAGAAAAUGAGGAGGGAAAAAUAAAGGGAAAAGAAGAAAAGAAAAGGAGACCAUGGUUAUAUGUGAAAUGUGUAUUAUACAAGACCAAUAUCAUCAUAGUCUCUC